UGGUAGUUGUCAGCACGGAUUGGUUUGUCAUGGACCAACCAAAUUACUAACCCUGCUAAAUGCAAAAAAACUCAAAUUGCAGUUUGAUUUGGACCGCCGUGUGCCAGAACUUGUGGGGCUGAAAAUAGCUCGUUGUUUUCAGUGUUGGCUGGAAACAUGAUCUCCGCCGAUCAGCUAACGUUAGCUAGUUAGCUUAAAAUACUGAAUCUCAAACAAAGGGACGGUGGAUAUUACCGCCCUCCAUCCAGCCAGCAAACAUUGCCCAGCAAAAUAUCAUCAUCUGUGAUACACAACGUCGCACCUAAAGACCGACGUCCGCAGUUUUAGCACACAACAAACAUCCGUAUGUUUUCUAGCGUUUGCCACGCUUUUUAGCUAGCUAACUGGCGCUAGCUUGUUAGCUCACUGACGAUACUGUCCCGUCAACAAAAUUCCGUGUUAAAGCAGACCAGCAGCUGACCUAGCUUUGUCCUCUGAUUAUUGUGCUAGUAACGAGCCAUGGAGCAGUACACCACUGCCACCACUACUACUGGGGAGCAGAUUGUUGUGCAGACUGCCAAUGGACAGAUCCAGCAGCAGACACAGGGCACAGUGACGGCUGUGCAGCUGCAAACAGAGGCGCCAGUGGUGACGGCCUCAGGCCAGCAGGUGCAGACACUCCAGGUAGUUCAGGGACAGCCCUUGAUGGUUCAGGUGAGCGGUGGGCAGCUCAUCACAUCGUCAGGGCAACCCAUCAUGGUGCAGGCCAUGUCAGGCGGUCAAGGUCAGACCAUAAUGCAGGUUCCUGUAUCUGGAGCUCAAGGACUACAGCAAAUCCAGCUGGUGCAGCCGGGUCAGAUCCAGUUGCAAGGUGGUCAGACACUCCAGCUCCAAGGUCAGCAGGGUCAGCCCCAGCAGAUCAUCAUCCAGCAGCCCCAGACUGCUAUCACUGCUGGACAGAACCAGGGGCAGCAGAUCAGUGUGCAGGGCCAACAGGUGGCACAGACGGCUGACGGACAGACCAUUGUCUACCAGCCUGUCAAUGCAGAUGGUACCGUCCUGCAGCAGGGAAUGAUCACAAUCCCAGCUGCCAGCUUGGCAGGUGCCCAGAUUGUACAAGCAGGGGGUGCCAACACCAACACCACCAACAGCGGCCAAGGCACUGUGACCGUCACCCUGCCCGUCUCCGGCAACAUGGUCAAUGCAGGUGGAAUGGUCAUGGUAAGACCCUGUGCAGAGAUGGUACCUGGAGGUGGAGGUGUUUCCACAAUGCAGCGUAUCCCCCUGCCAGGGGCUGAAAUGCUGGAGGAGGAGCCUCUGUAUGUCAAUGCCAAACAGUACCAUCGCAUCCUGAAGCGAAGACAGGCCCGGGCCAAGCUGGAGGCUGAGGGGAAGAUCCCCAAAGAAAGGAGGAAAUAUCUACACGAGUCUCGCCAUCGUCAUGCUAUGCAGCGUAAGCGAGGAGAUGGAGGACGUUUCUUUUCCCCUAAGGACAAGGAGGAAAUGGCUUUGGCCCUGGCACAGCAGCAGCAGGACGUCGGCCAGGCAUCAGAUGAGACGGUGGCUCAGAUGAUCCGAGUCUCGUAGCGCUGCCAACGACUCCAUCACUUCUGUCUGAACUCUGCCCUACCUGAGACUCUUCAUCCCAGCUAACCAUCUGCCACGCCUUCUCCUUUAAUUUGUUGUUCAUCCUGCACCGCCGUCAUGCACCAAACGACACUGCUGCCGCUGGGUUUUUUGUGUUAUCUCUCUCCUCCUACGCUGGUCUUCCAGGGAGCUGGCCCUGUGGACUGUUCUUGUCUUCUUUAUCCAAAUGGAGGAUAUUAUCAUGGUCUGCUCAUCUGGUCGAGCUCUUAAGACCCACUUUUUAUUUUCAUGAGGAACUUUUGGGACAAUGAAACCUGAAUUUAUGAAUACCCAAAGGGCCAGUCACACAGAGGAAUUGACAGCCAAGAAGCCAUACUCUGUCAGACCCUGCUCUGUUAAAAAUACGAGAAUUUUUCACCAGUGGAGACUUUUUGCUUUUAAUAUUUUUUGUAAAUGUUACCUUUUUUUUCAGAGACACUCAUUAAGCUUUCUUGCUACACUGCUGUUGUAUAUCUUUUAUGUGAUGCCGUUACUUUGAAGUAUCAUUUAUUUUUUCAGCCCAUGUGAUAUGAGUGGACUCAGCAUCUUAAGUCCAACCUGCAUUCACUGAGCAAAUGUGACACAAAUGUGAAGAUAUUGUACAGAAAGUCUUUUCUUCCCCAGUGCAUUUGGAUAUACUUACUGAUUUGCCCGUUUCUGUGGAUAUAUUUUAUACAGUUUGUAGUAAAGACUUAGUGUUUGUAGGAAAAAAUUAGUUCAGUGUUGCAUCCCAUUACACACACUAUCUGUGUAAUCAGUCCAUCUAAGUGUGCGUUUUUCAUUGUAGAUAUUUUUUUUACCCAUCAGAUGCAGUCUUGCAAUGUUUUUUUUAUAAUGAAAAAAGGUGGGACAUUGCAUUCAUGAAAUUUAUGUCAAUUAAAUUUUAUUAAGUGACUCGAA